CCGUAGAGGGCGCAGAGAAGCGAGGGGAAUACCGUUCCGUUUAGUCUGGCUUAGUCUGGCCCGGCUUAGUCUGAAUAGGCCUACAGUGCAGUCAACGAGUCAACGUUCAAGUGGUGCACAGCAGAUAGGCCCUAGUUCUAAGUUCGCUCCCCGUCCUGAGAGUGAAGUUAGGUCUGCGCUAAGAUGUCUCGCCCGGUGGGUCGCCCCGCCCCUAUCAGACCCAGGGGCGCUUUCGACCUCGUCCCGAGGUCCCAAACCAGCAGGGCCGGCUCCUUGUACCCCAGCAGCAAUGGCGCAGCUGCGAGCCCUGCGGGCUACACCCUUGGCGGCGCAGCCUCGGCGGCCGCGUCUCGCUCCGAGCAACAAAGAGAAAACGAGCUCAAGAUAGAGAAGCACAAGGAGAAAGAGCGGGAGAAAUACUUGAUAAAACUUCAAGAAAAAAUCAAAAGGCACUCUCAUUUGAAUACCGCUCCAGGCCAGAGUCUGAAUGAUUUAGAUGCUCCGAGUUCAUCAUUGCUCACAGUUCGUGAAUUGCAACACAUCACAUAUACGGAAGCAGCAGAAUCACACAAAAUGAAUGAAUCGGAGGUGCAGGAAAAAUUGACUCAGAAAAAGAUGGCAAAACUUCAGGAAAAAAUCAAGAGGCAUCCCUAUUUGAACACAUCUCCAGGCCAGAGGUUGAAUCAAGAUGUUCCACUUGCCUCUCUUCCAGCAGAAACAUUGGAGCCAGUUGACAAAGAUGUUUAUUUCUUAGACAGAGAAAUGAGAGAAAUGAGGAAUAGACUGCAGGAAAAGUACAACUCAUCCCUGAAGAAACAUCCUCAAUCUUCCUGAUUUUGUUGGUCAAUUGAUUUGUAUUUUGGAAUUUCAAAGUUUGUGUUCAGUAUUAUUUUGAAAAGGCAUUAUUUGGUUUAACUUGAGAUGAGUGUGAUAAAACUGUUGCUAUAGAGUUUCACAGCCUUAAAUGUUUUUUUAGAGUAGGAUCUGGAGGUUGUGUCAAUAAAAUACUUAAGUUUAAGUAACAAGUUUAGAAAUUUAAUUAUAAUUCAGAGUUUAAAUAAAGUUAAGAAAGCAAUAA